GGGUCUCCUUAAUGGAAAACCUAAACUCUUUGAUUUCUUCCAUAAUCGAUAAUCGCUUCUUCCCUCCACCUUCUUACCUGUGUGUGAGACUGUACAGAGUUUGAGAAUGGGGUUUUUCGAUCUUAAUAUACCCUACACUGAAUCCAACAAGCGGAACCCUACCACCGAAAAAUCGAUACGAUUGAAACUCGCCGUCAAAGCCAUGGAAUUGGGUUACACCGGAGUUGCAUACAACCGUACUAUUACCGGAGUAAUGUCGGAAGCAGACCGUUGUUCAAUCUCUUUGUUCCCUCUUUCUUCUGUUCUCAAGGUCUCUCCUUCUAUCUCCACCUCUGUAAACCUUCACCGCCGCCUCCUCAAUGUUCCAACCUCCACACCCUUCCGUCAAUACACUCGUCUCACGGUUGUUGUUGAUACACCCGCACAAGGAUCAGCUCUUAAUUCUGGCAACCCGGUUCUUAAAACUUAUGACAUUGUUGCUGUGAGACCCUUGAAACAGGACGCCUUCGAUCAAGCUUGUAAAAAUUACGAGGUGGAUAUAAUUUCCAUUGAUUUUUCAGAGAAUCGUUUUCGAUUGAAGCAACCCUUGAUUAAGGCUGCAAUCGAGAGAGGAGUAUAUUUUGAAAUUACAUACUCAGGUCUUGUUCUGGAUGCUCAGUUGAGAAGACAAAUGAUAUCCAAUGCCAAGGUGUUGGUGGAUUGGACACGUGGAAAAAACCUAAUUUUUUCAAGUGCUGCUCCUUCUGUAACUGAACUUAGAGGACCACAUGAUGUUGCAAAUCUUGCAUCUCUACUUGGUUUAUCAAUGGAACGUGCUAAAGCUUCUGUUUCAAGAACAUGUAGAUCUCUACUUGAAAACAGUUUAAGAAAGAAGAAAUUCUACAAAGAGGCGAUAAGGGUUGAGUUAAUCACAACUGAUAUUGAGGGAGCUGGUUUUGAUGACUGGCUUAAGUGGGACCCAAUCUCUAGUGGUGAAGGUGAUUUGCAAAUUGAUGACAUGGCAAAGUCAUUUGCAGCCUCAAGUAAAGAAUCAAAAACUGUUAAAGCCAUUGAUUUUGUUUCAGUCAUUGAUGGAUUGUCAUCACAUGGAUUGCACAUUAAGGACAUGGUAUCUGAAACAAAAUUAGAGUCAUAUCAUCCUAUUGAAAAUAGUCAGACUUCAUUGAUGGAGGCUCAGGAGAAAGGAGAAAAUGAAAAGUUUGAAACUGUUGAAGUUUUGGCUAAUGUUGAGGGAGGUGAAACUUGUGCUAUGAUUAUAGAAGAAGUGAAUAAGAUACCAAGUGAUGAGGCUAUAUUAGAAGCAAAUGUCAGUAAAUGUGAAGAAGUUGACAAAUUUUCUUGUGAUGCAUCUUUGUGUGAAGAGUUUUUGGAAGAAGAACACAUGAAGGAUGCAAGAGAUGUGAUAGCUACACCUGUUAGUUCAUCUUUGCCCUUGUGUAGUGUAUCUUUGAAUGAAGAUGUUUUAGAAGAAGAAUUGAGUGUAAUGGGGGAAAAUGUUUCAGUUGCAGCUUCCAAUACUUUGGCCACUUUAAGGUCUCAUGAUGAGUUGGAACAUAUCGAUGGUAAUUCAGUUGUUCAUGAGCCAUUGGAAGAUAUAUCAAUGGAAGUCCAAGAAGAAGUCAAAGAGCAUAGUCAAAUCAAUCAUUUUUAUGCACAAGAGUCUUCAUCAGAGAAAGUUAGAAGAAAGCAAGGGAGUUCACAUGGAUCCACAUCAUUUCCUUUUAAGCGCUUGUUGAGAACUUCACAUUUCAAGAAAUCUCGGAAGCACAAAACAAAGAGCAAAAUUUUGAGUCUAAGCGAACUUAUCGGAUGAGAUCUGACAUCUAAGAAAGUUCCCAAUUUUGACUUUUUUAUUUGAAAAUUUUGACCAUUAGAUCAUGUUAGUGUGUUAUUAUAUGAACUUGUGCUUGAUGGUUCAAUAUCAAUAGCAUGUGUUGAUCGCUUACUAUUGAAAAUUGAGUAUGUCUUUUUACUAUAAUUUGAUUUGAUCAUAUUCAUUUAUACUAUGUAAUCAUUUUUAGUAUGUGAGUCCUUAUUUUACUAUGAGGAGAUAUGAAAAUGUUUGUA